AUGAUGUUUAAUACUACAAAUGAAAAAACAGAGAAUCAAGAUUUGAAUGAUGCGAUUGAAAUAAAUAUUAAUAACAUUGCAAACAAGCUAGCGAACAUUUUAUAUAUUACUAAUGUUGGGAUGAAAGAAAAUUUUGAAUUAAAAAAUAAUUUACACUUUUCCAAAUUUUUAAAUGAUAUGAGAUCUUAUUGUGUUAAUUUAAUUCAGUCGAUUAAUAAUUUGAACAGUAAUUUUUAUAAUUUAACAUGUUUACCUGUAUAUUCCAUUCCAAGAAAUCCAUAUACAAAUAUUUUAGAUAUAAAUGUUAUUACGAAUAAUAUAAGUGUAGAUGACAAUGUUGAUAAAAUAAAAGAAAAACAAACAUUAUUACAAUCAUUUCAUAAUAAAUAUGAAAAAUAUAAAAACAAUUUUCAUCAAUCUAUUAAACAUAUUGAAACUUUUAAUGACCAACUUUUUUCAGCAUUAAAUAAUUUAGAUCAUAUCAAAAUGUCUAUAAAAUAUAAAGACCAAGAAUCAUCUACAUAUGGAAAUAUUCUUUCUGACAGAUUGAAAAAUAAACAAAAAGAUCAUGAACACUUAGAGUUAUAUAUUGCUAGAAUACAAUAUGGUUUAUUCUAA